UGUGGGUGUAGUGCAAUGACACAACAUGAAGCAUGUUUUGAAAAAGGCAGUUGCAACAAAAAAAAUGUAUGCAUCUGCUUCUUAGAACUUAAACUACUUUUCUGAGUGUACUGUCAUAAAGUCCAAUGUCAUCCUCUCUACAAACCCUGAUGGCGAGAAACAAGAUCUCAUGCCUUAUUUUCAUCAGCUCUGUGCUGGUACUUACUCACUCAGCUGAUAACUUCUCUGCUGAGAUGCCUCAGACAGUAACAGCUCUUACAGGCUCUUGCGUGCAGAUUCCUUGCGCAUUUAACAUCUCUAAUUUUGAGGACAAACGUAAAAGGGCAAACUCUGUUCAUAGGAUCUGGCUAAAAAACAUAUCACAGUAUGCAAAUCAAAACAGUUUUAUAGCUUUUAAUAGCAGUAAAAACAUCAUCAAUGGAUUCAGUGACAUACAAAUGACUGGAGAUCUCAGCAAGAUGAACUGCACAACUAUCUUCUAUAACAUCAUGAAGAAUCAUUCAGACCGUUAUUACUUCAGACUGGAAAUGGAGCCAAAUGUGUUCAGAGCAACAUUUAACCCUAGCACAGAUAGUUCACAGAAGACUGUGAGGAUCCAUGUCACAGAUUCACCACAACCUCUUGAACUUAAACCCAGUGGGCUACAGUAUGUGAUGGAGGGAACUACAGUGAAUCUGAGCUGCUCUGCUGAAGCUCCCUGCCCCAGACAACCUCCUACAAUCUCCUGGUCAAAUAUCCCUGAAUCUGCCGACAUUUCAACACAGUUACAGGAGAAACCUGAUAAAACCCAGUCGGUGGUUUCAUACGUGACCUUCAAAGCUUCAUACAAAGAUCACAGGAAGAACAUCACCUGCGCUGCUACAUAUCCAAGAAAUACACCUGAUGUCUCAACUGUGAAGAGCACCGUGACGCUUAAAGUCCUGUUUCCUCCAAAAGAAACUUACUUCACCCUUACUUCUGUUGGCAAUAAUGUGACACUGACCUGCAAGAGCAAGGCCAGUCCAUCAACUGACUUGAACUACACCUGGUACAAAUUUGGAGUGGAGAUGCCUAUAGCUUGGGGAAAAAAAUUACAUUUAACAGAAUCCCAGCAUCAAACAGGAUCAUACUAUUGCAUCGCACAAAAUAAAUACGGAAAGCAGUCAUCAGAAGAGGCCCGGCGCACAGCUGAAAGACAGAGUGGACGUUCUCGUCAGGUGAUAUAUGGCUGCACAGGAGGACUUUUGGUUUUUGUUCUGUUGUCUGCAGUAUUUUUUUACCGUAGGAGAACAAAGGUUUUAAAACAGGCCAAUGUCAUAGGAAGUGAUCAGGCUGAGGAUAAAAUGAUGGAUAUCUACGCUAACAAUGCCACUGUGCUCGGCAUGAAUGACAAGAAGAAGGAAACUGGUGAUCUCCACUAUGGUGAAAUAGACUUCUCCAAACUCCAGAGGGGUCACAAGACGAGAGAACACUUAAACACUGGCCUAGAGACAGAGUAUUCUGAGCUUCAAGUGACAGAGAGAACGAGACAAAUCAAAGGUGCUCAGCAAACGGACAUCAUUUAUGCUCAGGUGCAAAAAAAGUGAUUUUUGCUCAUGUUAAACGUUGGGCCUGUGACUCUCUCAGCCAUGGAAAGUCAGCACUUUUCACAAGUGUUAUUUUUACAUUAUUACUGCUGCACGGUUGACUCAUCACAGUUUCUCUCCACCCUUUUGCAGCAAACUAGCUUCAGAAAAAUAAGCACAAGGUUUUAGCGCUAUAGAUUUAGCCAUAUUCGCCUGUAUAUAUAUAAUGUACAUAUAAUGUAGAUUUGAGUUGUUUCCAAAUACAUUAAAUGCCAUUAAAGUGGUUUCCAUAUAUUCCAUUGAUAUCAACAUGGCAUUUGAGCAUUUAAACUUUGCCAAAACAUUUCCAUACAUGUAAUUUUCUUUGAUUUACUAAAUUGAGUUUUACAAUUUGUAUUUUGUUUUAUAGUCUUUAUCUGCUGUCUGCACCUAAACGUUUCUCUUUUCAAUAUACUCAUUUUUUUUUCUUAUAUUUUUAUUAUUAUUCUUAUAUAUAAAUCUUUUUUAAGCAUUAAAGUGUGUUUGGCGUUCAGCAAAAUUGAGCAGUAUGCGUUUGGGACUACAACCCUAAAUUCUGGACUUUUUUUAACCUUGUAUUUUUCACUUAAUGAUGCACUAAAUGUUCUCUAAAGGAAAUAUCUGGACUGCAACAGGCCAAUUUCACUUUAUUUAGCGAGCAUUAACAACGUUAAGCUGAUAAAUGUAAGCAUUAUAAACUUAGGACAUUCAGAGUAUAUGUAGUUCAUGGUAUUUUGCUUAGACAGCAUAGUCACAUUUCUGGACUUUGUUAUUGUUUUUUGUCUCAAGCCAUGUGCUAUCUGUGCCCUACCUUCCCUUCGUGUUUAAUUGUUUAAUUGUCUUCAGCUGUGUCUUUGUUAAUUUAGUUAAUAUCCUGUGUCUUUGUAUUCCGUUUGUCGGAUUGUCAAUGUCCCUGCUCGAUGUCUUUACUCAAAGUCUAUACCGGUUUUUGUUCACGAGGUCUAUUCGUGGUUUUUGUUCUGCCUGCCUGUAUUUGUAUAUUUAUUUUUCCCGUUUUGGAUUAAAUCUAUUUGAGUUUAUUUACGCCUCGAGUGCGCUCAGUAACAACAGUAACAACAUGUUUGUACGUAUUGAAAGCAUUUAAUAUUAGGCUAUUUUGGUGCAGGGGAAAAAAAAUGCAGUUACAAUUUACAAUGUACAAAAAUUAAAUGUAAAGUUAAGAGUUUAUGGAGUUAUUCAAAACAGGCAGAUAUUCUCUGCAUACAUACUGCAAGCGGUAAACCAAGAGUGGUCUCAUAGAGUUAUUAUAACUCUUUGAUUAUUUUUAAUGUAACAAUGCAUGCAAAUCCUGGUCCGUAACAUUUGGGUGCAGAUCAUUCACAAUCGGUGACACUUGAGGAUUACAGCUGCUCUCCUUUUCUUUGGUUUCGCAGCUCUCCUCGCAGUCUUCCUUGCGCUUCAGGAUUUCCCUGUAGUUUGAAAACGCAUCAUAUAUAGCAGGCCUGUCAUCAGACCUUGCUAGGACAUUAAUAGUCAUGCGUUGGGCCCAUGCGAUGCAUAUUGGUCUGCCCAAUUGGUCCAAAAGGCCUGAAUAUCGCACGCAGCAAUUGUUCGGUGACAUCUGGGUGCAAAUCACUGGCAAGCAAUGAUGAAACAUGGUCAUUAGAUUUUUGGCUGCCCACAACUGAAGUCCAAUUGUAGGACAUUGCCAUUUAUGAUUAUGCUUUAGUCAGAUUAACCUUAUAAACCGACUAGUGACAUCUAACGUGACAUCAUUCUCCACAGUAUCUCAGUAUCUAAGACACGCAUUAAAAACUGACAUAUUGUUAUUCUUGUUACAUGAUCGAAAAAAUAUAAUAAAAAAAAUAAUAAAUUCAACGUAAUGUCUCAAUAAAUGUCCUUAUGUGUUGAUAAGAGACUUUCGUAUGAAUCCUUUAUUUGGGUAUGAGCGACCCCUGCUGGCGAAGAGCGUCUGGAAGCUCAAAAUUACUGAAACGCUGAAUUUGUAUUAUUUAACGUUUAAAUAGUUUUGUAAUUAAUAUAUUAAUUGCUUAAUUGUUUUUGUGGUUCAGGUAUUGUAUUUGUGGUACAUUUACUGUAUGUUCAUAGAACAUGUCUGACUCGAGAAAACCGGUGGAGUUUAAACUGUGAAAUAACACAGAGCUUGAAGAAAAUUCCUAUUCAUUUUUGCUGUUUUCCAUCCUAUUUGCUAUCCUUUAAUGUUUUAUGCUUUAUACAAUAAACUAUAAUAAAUAAACAAAUAAAUGAAUGUUAAUGUUAUGUUUGAAUAAAAGCAUCUGUGUAAAUGCAAUGUUGAAAUUAAUAUUAUGUACAUUAUAGACAAAAUAUUGUUAAUAUUUUCGCCAGCCAUUGCAUGAGUGUUUUUCCUGAAUGGAAAUCGAGUGAUGUUUUAAUUAUCCAUGACGGCUGCUAAAUUAAAAUUAAAGUUAAAAAUUAAAGUUAAAUACUAGUAGGCCUAUACUGUUUUAGCAUGUUAUCUAAUAAUUCAGAAAUCAGAAAAUCACUUGCUUCAUUAUAUCAUUUAUGAAUGACUUUUUUUCUUUUUUUUACUAUGGUUUUAAAAUGUGGCCUUAACUAAAAAGUUAGUUUCUGUCACUGUCAAGGACUACUUCUAUAUUGCAUUAAAUGCUUUUUUAAUACAAAAAUGUUAAAAUAUUAUUACAUACUUUUUUUCUUAUUAUUUGCAGUUUGUGUUAAUCAUUCUAUAAAUGUAUAGUGUGAUAAUAUAGCAGCUCAGUAAGUCAUUUGUGUAUGUUGCUAACAAAAGAUCUAAUGAUGUGCAAUACCACAAAACUCGUAUUUAAUGUUGAAUUGACUCUAUUAUUUUGUAUUUCAGGACAGGGUGUGGACCCAUGAUUGCUGGCUGUGUGGGAAGAGUUUUGCUCUCAUUUAGUUUGAGGUAAAUUUAGCUUUCUUUUGAAUUAUAGUGUUCAUCAGGAUUUUGUAGCACACUAGCUACAGAAAAAAAGGACAAAGUGUGCUUAUUACGACGAGUGCUGAAGAUUUUGCCAUAGGUGGUAAAGAACCGUAGAUGCAGUCAGUUAUAAUGUAGGUUUUUAAUAGUUUAACAAUACACCCAGGAACAGUAAAAAAUUAUAUGCCAUUGUAUAAGAUGUUUUCCAUAUUUUUUAUUCAAUUUAUAAUUGAUUAAUGUUUAGAUUUAAAACAUUAUAUCAGUUUUAAUACUAUAUUAUAAAGUUUACAUACUGAAUCUCCUUUGAUAAUGUCCUGUUCAAAACGGAGCGGAUGCUGUAAACGUGAGAUUUAUGGCAUACUGCAUGAAGUGAAGAGGUAACUGUAGUAUCAGUUUAAUCUUUGUCUACGAAUGGCAGUUUAUUACAUCUGAUCCGAUACAAUCCGAGUGACGCACAUGACAAGGUUUAGUUUAGAGUUGUAUUUUAUUCAGUCAGCUCAUGUAAAAACAUGCACACAUUCAACGACUGAGACUUCUUUGGUCUGGAUCUUUCAACCCUAGCUCAACCUGAUUCAUAUCAAUCAUAUUCCACUUAUAAAUGGCAAAAUCUUUGGAAAUAAAACUUCAGCUAACUAUAUAUAUAUAUAUAUAUAUAUAUAUAUAUAUAUAUAUAUAUAUAUAUAUUGAAGAGGCUGUGGUCU